GGCCUGGAUCAUGGAUGCGUUUGGGGGAAGGGAUCAUGGAGGAAGGGAUGCCAAGCUGCCGUGCGUCUGACGUCACGACGCUGGAGCGAGAGGAGGCGAUGAGAGGAAGGUGCAAUAAACACACAGGGCGUCUGCGCCUAUCUAAGUAGGACAAUAAAGUGGAAAAGGUAUCAAUGUUCUAACAAUGGAUUUGUCAGACAUGCUUCUUCUUGAAGUUUUCCUUUUCGUGUACCUACUAAACUACACCCAAGGACACUAUAGAAAUCCCCUGAACAAGUACAUCCGUCACUAUGAAGGCCUGUCCUACGACACAGAGCUUGUGCACAGCAACCAUCAGAGGGCUAAGAGGGCGCUCUCUCAUGAAGACAAGUUUCUUCAUUUAGAUUUUCACGCCCAUGGAAGGCAUUUUAAUUUACGAAUGAAGAGGGAAACCACCUUGUUUGCCCAAGAUUUCAAGGUAGACGUUUCAGGAGAUGAGAUUCCAUUUGAUACCUCUCAUAUCUACACUGGAGAAAUCUACGGUGAGAAAGGUACCCUGACUCAUGGCUCAAUCGUGGAUGGUAAGUUUGAGGGCUUCAUUCAGAGCUAUCAUGGCAACUACUACGUGGAGCCUGCUGAGCGAUACCUGGAGGGCAAAGACGUGCCCUUCCACUCAGUCAUCUACCAUGAAGACGACAUACACUACCCGCACAAGUAUGGCCCAGAGGGAGGCUGUGCUGAUAGCUCAGUGUUUGAAAGGAUGAAGAAGUACCAAGCUUCAGCCGUAGAGGAGCCACCCAAGGUGCUCCACACUGAGGCGGGCUUUAAUGACCCAGUGCUGCUGAGGAAGAAGAGGAUGGCCCAGGUUGAGAAAAACACCUGCCAACUUUUCAUUCAGACUGAUCACCUCUUCUACAAGUACUACAAGACCAGAGAGGCUGUGAUUGCACAGAUAUCCAGUCAUGUCAAGGCCAUUGAUGCUAUCUAUCAGGGCACAGACUUCAUGGGCAUUCGCAACAUCAGUUUCAUGGUGAAAAGGAUCAGGAUAAACACCACCAGUGAUGAGAGGGACCGAUCCAACCCGUUCCGCUUUGCCAACAUCGGCGUGGAGAAGUUCCUGGAGCUGAACUCGGAACAGAACCACGACGACUACUGCUUGGCUUAUGUGUUCACCGACAGAGACUUUGAUGACGGGGUGUUGGGUUUGGCCUGGGUGGGAGCCCCCUCAGGGAGCUCCGGAGGCAUCUGUGAAAAAAGCAAGCUGUACUCAGACGGAAAAAAGAAAUCUCUCAACACCGGUAUAAUCACUGUACAGAACUAUGCCUCCCACGUACCUCCAAAAGUCUCCCAUAUCACUUUUGCACAUGAAGUAGGACACAACUUUGGCUCCCCGCACGACUCUGGAUCUGAGUGCACCCCAGGAGAAUCCAAGAGCCAAGACAAAAAGGAGAAGGGCAAUUAUAUCAUGUAUGCAAGAGCUACAUCAGGAGACAAGCUCAACAACAAUAAGUUCUCCAUCUGUAGCGUGCGCAACAUCAGCCAGGUGCUGGAGAAGAAGAGAAGUAACUGUUUUGUCGAGUCAGGUCAGCCCAUCUGUGGUAAUGGCCUGGUGGAGCCAGGAGAGGAGUGUGACUGUGGCUACAGUGAUCAGUGCAGGGACCUGUGCUGCUAUGAUGCCAACCAGGCUGACAACAAGAAGUGCAAAUUAAAGCCCAACAAAGUCUGCAGUCCCAGCCAGGGUCCUUGUUGUACUGCUGAAUGCUCUUACAAGGGUCGUAAUGAGAAGUGCAGAGAGGAGUCAGAGUGCGCUCACCAGGGCAUGUGUAAUGGAGUCGGUGCCCAGUGCCCCACAUCUGAGCCCAAGGCCAACUUCACCGCCUGCCACGGAGAGACUCAAGUCUGCCUCAACGGGGGCUGCUCUGGCUCCAUCUGUGAGAAGUAUGGGCUUGAAGCGUGCACCUGUGCCAGCCAAGAUGGCAAGGAUGAGACUGAGCUUUGCCAUGUGUGCUGCAUGGAGAAGAUGAAUCCCAACACAUGCAGCAGCACAGGAUCAGAGCGCCUGGCUCGUUUCUUCAAUAAGAAAGUGACCACGCUGCCAGCCGGCUCGCCGUGCAAUGACUUCAAGGGCUACUGCGACGUUUUCAUGAAGUGCCGUCUGGUAGAUGCAGACGGACCGCUGGCCAGGCUGAAGAAGGCCAUCUUUAACCCAGAGCUCUAUGAAAACAUUGCAGAGUGGAUUGUGGCCCAUUGGUGGGCAGUGUUGUUGAUGGGUAUCGCCCUCAUCAUGCUCAUGGCUGGCUUCAUUAAGAUCUGUAGUGUGCAUACACCAAGCAGUAACCCCAAACUUCCCCCUCCCAAACCACUUCCAGGCACUUUGAAGAGGCGGCGAGCGCAGCAGCAGCAGCAGCAGCUGCAGCAGCAGCAGCAGCAUGCUAACUCUCAGGUGCAGCACCAGUCUCAGCACCCGCACGCCCACCAGCACGGACACGGCGGCCAGCGGCAACCCCAGAGGCAGCCUCAGCGGCAGGCGCAACCCCAGAGGCACCACCGUCAGCCCAGAGAGAACUAUCAGAUGGGCCAGAUGAGACGCUGAGACCCUGCAUCCUGCCCCCCUCCCCCCAAUGCCUUGGCUCCUCCUUGUGCCUACAGUGGGAAACAAAAGCGUCACUCCAUCCAAAGAAAAGCCUGACAUGGUUGUUAGUCAUCAUAUCCUCCAUUUACAGACAAAACAGACACGUGAAAAAGAGAAAAUACUAUCUAGCAACUCGAUUGGCUCUUUGUGGAGUGGACUCAAACAUCAGCCAUUUCCAAUGCAGUGCUAUCUAGCAUCCCGUUCCAUCUUUUAUUUUUCUUUUAAGGAGUGCCAAGGAGUAAAGGAAUCAUCUGUAGCUUUAGUACAUUCUGUGAUGUGUUUUUUGUUCUAUUGCAACGUCUUCUUGAGUGACACGCUCGUGGCUGCUGGUGAAUUGUUCAGUGAUUUUCUUUCGCCGUUCUAGCCAGGAAUGAGAGACACUCAGUGGGGAUUUGCAGCACUUUUGUGAUUUACACAUGUCAAACGGCAAAAGACACAGGCUCCGGUCUCUCGUGCAGACCGUCUUCUGCAUGUGACUGUACAUAUUUAGUGUAACAUAAGUGAAAACAAACUAUUUCUUCUACUGUAAAUGUGUAAUUCUUCACUUAUUUUCUUUUAUUUUUCGGUUAGUGCUCUCAGGACUCUUAACACAUAAUUGAAGGAAUGAUGGUUGUGAUGAGUUCCUUGGACGUUGCUGUUGAGGAUUUGGCGCCAUCAAGUUCUCUUCGCAGCCGUCCAGUCAGGUGGAUCUCUUUCACUUUGGUUAGAUUGCUAGAUUUCAAAUUUGAACAAGGUCACCAUAUCCCACUUUUUAGGCCUUCUCUGUUCAAGGUCCCUUUGUUCAUUUUUCUUUUAUUGUCUUGCUAACAUCAUGAUUUGCUCAUGUUGUGUAACAAGCUAGAUGAGGUAAAGAGUCAUGGGAACAGAAAGGGAAGAUCACCUUUUAUUGUCUUUACCGAUAUGUUUUUGAUAAUGAAGAAUGAAUAACCACUAACUGAAGCUGAUGAUAAUUCUAGAUAUGAAGGCGAGGGAACAUAAAGGCUGCUGUGACUUAGUUUAGAAGUGAGAGUGUAUCAUGUUACAGAGUUAGUAAACAUGAGUGUGGAAAUAAAUUUAAAAAUGACUCCAGUGUGGAUGUACAAAAAAAGUAAUUAUAUUAUUCUUCAGAUCGCGAAUCUAAGAACUUUUCAAUGUGGGCAUGCAGACACAUUUAUUAAAUGUGACUAAUAAUUGACCAAGGUCUGUAAUAUUUGUAUGUCACGCAACACUAUUUACUUUGACAGCUAUUAAUGUUAGUCUUAAAGCUAGUGGAAGGAGCAGUAUAAAGCAGCAGUAUUGUCACACUAUUCACACAUUUCCUCAGUGUGUUCACUAGUUUCACAAGAGACAAGCUGCUGUUUUAUUUACAACUCACCUGCAGUUAUCUCCCGGUCAGAUUUCAUCACAUACUCAAUCCCCUUGAGAGCUCAUGAGUGCAGGCCUCUGUGUGAGUUAACAUCAGCGUGCCAUAAAACUUUAUACAACUGAUCUUUUUGUGCACAGGUUUUAUAAAAAUACAGGAAGCACCUGUAAAGUUUCUGGAGCCACUUUAAAGGAGUGAAGGAGAUGUGAUUGUUUUUUGUUGGAUUGUUUGACCUCAGGUGUUUUCUUUCUCCCAUCGCUGCAGCACAGCAUGGGGGGCAUUUUUGAUAAUGAUAACAUGAUAACACUAACCAAAAGGAUGUGAUAAUCUGGCCAUGAUAUGUUGUGCAAAAUCUCAUGAUUUAUUCAUCGCGCAAGCAUUUCACCCACCAUUCAGAUUUAGCAAGUGGGUGAAAAGUUUGUGAAUUUUGCAUUAGGUAUUCGGCAAAGUACGUUUUUGUGCUCUGACUUUAUUUUAUCCUGGCAUUAUUAUUUGUAAACGCAUGCAAUACUAAUCACAACUAAUAUCUUACAACACUGUCCUGAUGGUUGUAAUAAUCACAUGUGCUCUGGAGGGGACAUUAAAAUCAGUGUGUCUCAGUUAAAAGUUUAUUUCACAUGGCAGAUGAAUUAGGCAGGUCAGCGGUCACUAUAAUAUGUCUGUACAAUAUGGAGCUCUUUUUAAAUUUCCUCUUCUAGGCUGGAUCGCGCCCGUUAAGCCUCGCGGAUUUACAUGUAAACUUGUAUAGUACUUCGAAAAUUUGCAUUUCAUUUGAAAAUGAAAAAUUACAUUUUGAUACAUCAGUUUCAUUUUUUGUAUUCUAAUUACAGAGUAAGUUGUUCAAAGAUGUUCAUAUGUGACAAACUUUAAUCUCCUCUAAGUUAUUUAUGUUCUUAUAUGUGCUAGUUGAACUGAAGUCUGCUUAUGAUACUUUUCUCCACCAUCAUCAAUGGUAAAACAAUUCAGGGUGAUGGAGUUAAUGUUACAUUCUCAUUUUUGUCUUCGUUCCCCCUGUGGCAUGGUUUGGGUAGAAGAGCAGAAGAAUAAUGCCUGUAAAUUUAUUUUCUUUUUAAUUUCGUAGUCUUGGUAAAGUUUUUAGAUAAACGUGCACUGAAAAUGUCCAAAUUGAGUUCAAAUGUUGUAGGUGAUGUAGGCCGAAAGAACACAAGAUUAAAAAGUAAUACUACUGUCUGAUUUUAAUGUUCACUGUGUUUUAUACAGUAUCGGAAAUUUUUGUUCACUUUGAACAUUUUUACAAAAAAAAAUUUCAAAUUGUAUUGUGCAAAGAGAUGUAAUUUUUGGAGUACUUGAAAUGCAUUAAUUAAAAGACUUGUUCAAAAUAAAAUAGACCCCUGUUUACUGUC